AUGAGUGAAAAAGUCGAAAAGGCGGGCGACCUGUCUCGCAAGUCUUCCCAAGAGCCACGGGCAGGUGAAGUUGUCUGUGGUGAGGUUCAACUUGCCAGGCACCUGGGUUCUUGGGAAAUCAUCUGCAUUGCCUGGAACGUCAUCAACGUUUUUGGUGGCCUGUCCUACAUUUUCGUCGUUGGCUUCUCCGCUGGAGGCCUGUCAAUAAUCUUCUAUGGAUUCCUUGGAUCGACAGCGUGUACCCUUUGCACAAUGUCUGUUCUUGCUGAAUGCGCGUCCCUGUUCCCUACUGCCGGUGGUGCCUAUCACUUUUCAACCUUCUUAUGCCCAGAGAAGUACCGAAGAUAUGUAGGCUACCCAAUCGGUUGGUUGAACUAUCUCGGCUGGGUUUUCACAGUUGCCGCUUGUUCUGCUAUUCAGACGGGCCUUACCUUCUCUCGGGUCAUCAUGUGUGACCCAACAUAUGUAGUGUCGGGUCGGUGGCAAUACUUUCUGGUCUACGUUGCUUGGGCAGUGGUGGCCUGGGUGGUCAACCUCUUUUUCCUCAGAGGGUUUCAUGUUGUGGAGAACCUCGGAUGUAUUAUUAGCAUGUUGGGUUUCGUUGGCUUUACCCUCACUCUCCUUGCUCGUGCACCCAAGGCCGAUGCAUCCUUCGUCUUCACUACGGUAAAUAAUGAGACUGGGUACUCUUCGUCUGCAAUGGCCGUGGCUAUUGGUCUGUACAACUGCGUAGUUGUCUGGGUCAGCCUUGAUGCCGUGUGCCAUCUGGCCGAGGAGGUUCCUCAACCCACCCGAAUCAUUCCCAAGACUCUCUACAUUAUCGUGGCAACACAGCUCACAGUCGGUGUCGUUUGGAUCCUCACAGUGGUUCCCAUCAUUGAGCUUAUUCGUUUAGCUCUGAAGAGUGACACAGCCGCAAUCACGUUCAACGUGAUGCUGUUGGUCAAUUUCUUUGCAGCCCUUACUGGAUGCUUGACAUCUGCAUCUCGGCAAGGCUAUGCGUUGGCCCGUGAUGGCGGGCUCUUCUUCAAAAAGAGUCUUGUCAAAAUUUCGACGCGAUCCCAAAUCCCAUCUCGUUCCGUGGACACGUGCUUCGGGCUUACUGUUCUUAUUGGCCUGGUCGUCAUCUAUACGCUUACAGUGGUAGUCUUGGUCAUGUUCCCAGGUGUCCAUCCCAUCACGGCAAGCAACUUCAACUACAACAUCUUGUUGGCGGGUAUUUUCGCAAUCCUAUGCGUGGUUGUAUGGCUCAUCGAUGGGAGAAAGUCCUACAAGCCACCCUCGUUCACUGAGUUUAUCGAAAAUAUUGCAACUGACACGACUGAGUUUCUGAGUGGGGGCAAGCAGGAAACAAGCCCGGAAGAGUCCGGAGAAGUCGAAGCGUUGGAUGGCUAA